AAACUUAUUCGGUUCGUAGCUUCGUAGCGGUAAAGAGUAAGUCGAUCUGCGCACACAUUUUUUCCCCAUUUUUCUUCUCGCGCUUCUCGCGAUCUCCGUACCUUUCUGCAGUGCCCUGUGCGCGGACACCGUGUGUGUGUGUGUGUUCUAGUUGUAACAAUUUUCAUCCCCUUCGAGUGAACGAAAGGAAAGAGAAAAAGGAAACGGAAAUGCAAGUGUAAAGUGUAGAAAUGUGCGUGCAGUGAGGUGAUCGCGCUCCGUUAUCCUGUGCCAAGAGUGUUUCCGUGGUGCAGCAGUGGUUGCGCCAAAGCAUAGUGCAAACGGAUAAGAAGCAAUCAAGAAGCAAAACGUGUUCGUGUGCCUUUUUUUUGUGUCUGUAUGUUUGGAACGUAAAAAGGAGCCGCCUUACGAGCGUUGCGUGUGCGCGAGCAAUUCAGUAACAGGGCCUGGAGGACACCUCGAAACAGGAUUUCUUCGACUGUCCUCGAGAAACGGCCCCUUCUCGGGUGUUCGUGCUCAUCAAAGGAAACCGGCCGACAGCAGCAGCAGCAGCACGAAGUAAAAAAGGGCACAAAAAGCUCAAGAAAAGCUCAAGAAAAGCGCAAGAAAAGCGCGACGGCGCGGUUCACCGAUCGAUCACCCGUUCGUUUGGUGCGCACGGAGCGAAACAAGCGUUGCAUAACCUCGACAAAGUGGAAAACACCUCAAUGAAAUCAACAUGGAGCAACACUCGAUAGUUAGCACGAUACUAUACGUUUUGACAAUAACAACUUUCACACAUGGCGCGCAGAUUCCAUCCAUGAAGCGCUCGGCAACGAUAUUCACCAAGGAACCGACCGUGCGGAUACAAUGCCAAUCGGGUUCGAUGCUGAUCACCGUCAAGGAUGCACCGGCCAACCUGAACGGUCAGUUCAGCGGGAUGGUGUAUCCGAAGGGGUUGGCGAAAAAUUCGACCUGCCUUACCGAGUACCACGAGCAGGAAGGACCGCUACGCUACAAGCUGCCACUGAAGAGCUGCAACACGAUGCCGAUCGAGACGGAUGAUGGUGGUAUCGAGUUCUUCAACACGAUCGUUCUGCAACCUCAUCUCAAGCUGGUCACUGAUCUGGGGCGGGGCUAUCACGUACGCUGCCGGUACAAGAGCCGCGAGGCGGCCUUGAAGAACGUCUCGUUUCGCCACAAACCGUCCGCAGAUAGUCGACCGCUGGCACUGACCAGUGCAGAAGGUACCGGUACCGAUCGACGUGAGCAUGGACGCUCGAUGGACAGCAGCAAGGACGAUCAGGCGGUAAUGGAGGACGAGCAGGAAGUGAAACCAAUGCCGGGCUGUCAUAUGAAGAUUUUCACCGGCGAGAAGCUGGCAGAGAACGUGAAAAUUGGCGAUCCACUUACGUUGGUGAUCAACAUCGAUAAGCAGGAAGAGUACGGGCUGCAUGUCACCGAUUGUUUGGUGCGUGAUGGACUUGGCUGGGGCGAGCAGAAGCUGAUCAACGAUGAGGGAUGUCCGCUGGACAGCGAAAUUCUUGGUCCGUUCGAGUACACGGCGGAUCGGAGCAAAGCGACAGUCACGUUCCCAGCACACAAAUUCCCUUACACUUCGUCGGUGUACUAUCAGUGUAAUGUGAAGCUGUGCGCACUGAAGGAUCCGGACUGUCAUAAGACACCGACCUGCUCUAACAAGAAUCGACGUACCAAGCGUCAGACGGACGAGGAAGGACAGCCGGCCACGAUCGAAGUUUUCUCCGGACUUCAUGUCAACGAGAAUGCUGAAGUGCUCAGUGAUGAUGCCGAUUCGGUGUUCAAGGAGAAGACACCGGACGAUGCCAUCUGUGUGUCCCAGCGUAGUUUCGCCGUUGCCAUAGCCAUUGCCGGUCUCUGUCUGAUGCUGGCCGUCGUCCUCGCCGUGAUGUGCAUCGUUGCCCGUCGCAGCAGCAAAUCCGUGUCCAACUCCGGCAGCUCCAUCUACAGUGGCCCGUACACAAACACCGCCUUCUCGCAUAGCAGUUAAUCCUUCCCGCAAGAGCUUUGUACACGAAGUGUAACACUGGGGAACACUGAUACCCGGGUACCAAGCGUCGUGUUCACCAUCACUGUGAUGCCUGUUGGAUGUUGUAGCGGCAAGUGUGUUUUUUCUCCAAACGAACGAACGCUACUUUCGAACGACGUGCACGAGACAAUUCUUGCACGGAACUUAACCUAACCUUUUUUGCGAAGGUACACACAAUUCCCGUCACGUCAAUGCGCGUAUAGCUUUAGAGAACGAUUCAGUGGGACGGCACAAGCGAUUUAGGGUAGUAGAAUUAGACUUACACGAAAUGAACGGUAGUGGUAAGGUAUUACCGAAGCAAUCCUCAAACCGAACCGACGGUUUCGUUCCGCGUUCCGGUCAUACGAUUGCUUUGCUAAUAUCGCAGAGAUCUUGGGUUUUGACGGGGACGAGCAGUCAAAGAUUCGUCCCCAUCGGGUCUCUGGAAAGCACAACUAACUCCUCGUUUUACUAGAAUAUUUAGUGCAAAACCUGCUAGGCAUGUAUGGAGCUAUCCUUCAUUUGUUACUUCGUAGCACGAAUCCGAUCGGUGAUCCUUUACGCGAUCGCACUCCUAAACAUUUCGCUUACAACAACGCUCACUUUCCGGAUCUAAGUCAGGUGAUGGGUACCGCUGAUAGACUUGUCUAGUUUAAUAUUUACUCUCCUCGCCCUUUCUAAUUUAAUCUGUGUAACUGUGUAACGCGUCUACCAGUCCUUUCAAAACCUCUUCCUUUAAUUGUUGUAACAGGGAGCUGAAGAGCGAACAAAGCAAACGCACAAUUGCAAUAUGAUUGAAUCAUUUCAUUGUCCCCUCGUGUCCCCAGGUGUCUGACGUAGUAGUGUCCACCAUAAUGUCAUCACGGACGGUUGGUGGCCGUACAAAUGCCUUCUGCUAAAACUGCCAACUUUGAAAUGCACUGUAAAAAGAAUCGCUAAUUUUAAUACUUUUAUAUUUAUUUAAUCGUACCCAAUGUGUUUCCUUCCUCCGUCCCCUACCCCAGUCCUGGUCCUGAUCCUGUAGAAAUGCUCUCUCGUAUUGCAGUUGUGUCGUGCAUAGCGUAAGAGAAGGUGUUGGCGUGGUCCAAUACUAAAACAAUCCAUUACUAGGAAGCUGGUCGUUGCGUUAGGGAAGUUUAUAAUUUUAUGCACAUUUAGCAAAAUGAAACCGUAGAAUGGAAUUCAUUUAAAGUAACGGCGACGAACAUAUCCCCGUAGCGAACGUACUGAAACGAACUAGUAAGCACAAGGGUUAGACAAUAGAACUAAAAUAAAAUGUGAAUAUAACAAACGAAAAA